AUGUCGCGUUCCUUCCUAAUGGACUCGCUGCUCAGCGAUAUGCCACCGCUCAACAAGAACAAGGAACCGCUCGGCUCACCCACUGCCAAUGCAACAGCUGCCGCCGUGGCUGCCACAGCCGCUGCAGCGGCCAUGCUGCCCGGCCUGCCUAUGUUGCCAUAUCCAGCCAGUUACGUGGGCAGUUACCUCUUCUCCCUGGGCAUACAGCAGCAGCAGCAACAACAACAACAGCAUCAAGCGGCUGCAGCAGCGGCUGCCGCAGUUCUCCAGCAGCCCCACGCCUCACUUUAUCAUCCGUACGCGCAGCUCUUCACGUCCAAGCGUAAGUCCAAUGGCUUUGGCAGCUAUGAUGACUGUUAUCCAUCCCCGCCACUAUCGGCCAAUGCUGUGGGACAUGGCAGCAAUACACAACUGACGAUGCCAACAGUUCCGCCGGCGGGUGUCUACGGCCUAACUACCAGCCUGCCUCACCAGGAAGCUGGUGCCUUCUGCACUUCGCCAUCAGCGUCCUCCAGCACCUCAUUGGACUAUGGAAAUCCUGACGAGCCGCAUACGAAACGCUUCAGGCAUGAAUCCUCCUGCUCGCCCGCCAGCUCUCCCAUAAAAUCUCAUGGUGCAGCUUCUAGCGCAGGCUUGGAGAUCACCCCGUUGAUCAGCGACUAUGCCGACUCCAGCAAACGCAUCCGCACUGCCUUCACCAGCACUCAGUUGCUGGAGCUGGAGCGGGAAUUCUCCCACAAUGCGUAUUUGUCGCGUCUGCGCAGAAUCGAAAUUGCCAACCGGCUGCGACUUUCGGAGAAGCAAGUGAAGAUUUGGUUCCAGAAUCGACGCGUUAAGCAGAAAAAGGGCGGCUCCGAAAGCCCAACCUUUAACUUAUCAGCCAACUCCAGUAGCCCACAGACGUCACCGUCAGCACCGAAGUGCUGUGAGCUCAAGAUCAGCGCGUAA